CAGCAGCGGCCGGAGCGCGGUGAGGCGGCGGCGGAGCUGGGAGGCGGCCGCAGCGCAGGGUGUGGCCUGAUGGAGGAGGAGGAAAAGCCCCGAAUGUACCUCAUGAAGAGGGGCUGCAAACCGUACCCAGGGAGUUCUGGGGAGGAAAGAGCCCCUGUGAGCCAGUUAUGCAUCCUGCGAUCCAGCCAGAGCUUGGAGCUGGUGGAGAAGCCUCAUGGCAGGGAGAAGCCACACAGGUGCUUGGAAUGUGGGAAAUGUUUCAGCUGGAGCUCCACCCUGAGGCAGCACCAGGUGAUCCACACUGGGGAGAGGCCCUUUGAGUGUGGGGAGUGUGGGAGGAGUUUCAGCCACAACUCCAUCCUGAUCCAACACCAGAGGAUCCACACUGGGGAAAAGCCAUUUGAGUGUGGGGAAUGUGGGAAGAGCUUCAGGCAGAGAGGCCAACUGAUACGACACCAGGUGAUCCACACUGGGGAAAAGCCCUAUGAGUGUGGGGAGUGUGGGAUAAGCUUCAGCCAGAAGGGCUACCUGAUGCAACACCAGAAGAUCCACACUGGGGAAAAGCCCUUUGAGUGUGGGGAAUGUGGGAGGAGCUUCAGAGGAAGCUCGGCCCUGAUUCGGCACCAGGUCAUCCACACGGGGGAACGGCCCUACACCUGCUUGGAAUGUGGGAAGAGCUAUGGGUGGAACUCUGACCUGAGAAAACACCAGCGCACCCACACUGGGGAGAGGCCCUAUGAGUGUCCCCAAUGUGGGAAGAGGUUUCACAGGAGCUCCGAUCUCCUCAAACAUGAGCGGAUUCCCACAGAGGAGAGGCCCUUCCGCUGCCCCGACUGUGGGAAGGGCUUCAAGGAAAACGCCAAACUCACCAUCCACCGGCGCAUCCACACUGGGGAGAGGCCCUACGAGUGUGGGGAGUGUGGGAAGAGCUUCUCACAGAGCUCUCACUUGACAGAACACCAACGGAGGCGCCACUAA